CCUCCAUCGGAAUCUGUUUUUCAAGAAGAAAAAAAAUUAAUAAACGAGCUUCACUCCUUUGAAACUUCGCGUGGAGCGAAUCUGAGUGAGAUGAACGACGAACCCAUUGGGCUAUAGGAAUUUCUGCAGAAGAAAGCAGGAAAAAAUAAAGUAAAUAAGGCGAGGGUAGAGGGCGAUCAAUAGCCAUGGGGAUUCUCUUCACUCGGAUGUUCUCUUCUGUAUUCGGCAAUAAGGAAGCUCGAAUUCUCGUUCUUGGCCUCGACAAUGCCGGGAAAACUACUAUUCUCUAUCGGCUUCAAAUGGGGGAGGUAGUCUCCACGAUCCCAACUAUUGGAUUCAACGUGGAAACUGUACAGUAUAACAACAUUAAAUUUCAGGUGUGGGAUUUGGGUAAGUUGGAAAUUCUUUUGAACCCUUCAUUAUAUUUGUUUGUUCUGCUAAGAUUGGGUGGCCAGACAAGCAUCAGGCCUUAUUGGAGAUGCUAUUUCCCAAAUACUCAGGCUGUGAUUUAUGUGGUUGAUUCAAGUGACACCGAUAGAAUUGGAAUAGCCAAAGAGGAAUUUCAUGCAAUUUUGGAGGAAGAAGAAUUGAAAGGGGCCAUUGUCCUCAUUUUUGCAAACAAGCAGGAUCUCCCUGGCGCACUUGAUGAUGCUGCAGUCACCGAGGCUCUAGAGUUGCACAAGAUUAAAAGCAGGCAAUGGUCCAUCUUCAAAACUUGUGCUGUUAAGGGCGAAGGCCUCUACGAGGGAUUGGACUGGUUGAGUAAUACUCUCAAGUCAGGAGGUAGUUAAGCUUAUUGUGAAAUUUGAGCUCAAUGUUGUGUGGCAAUGCAGAGGCCAAAGUGUUACAAAACUAUCAUUAAUUAAUUUUACUCUUUUCUUGCCUUCCAAUCUUCUAUUAUACCUAUUGUUGUAUUCUUUUUAGUUUUGUUCCUGAAGAGUUCAUGGCCUCCCCUCCCCCUUCUUUCUUUAACUCUGACCUUUUAUCCUUCCAAUUUUCUUAGAAUAGAAUCGUCGAGGUUUCGGUGAGCUUGUAAUGUUAUCAGAUUAAUACGAGUACUGUGGAUAGGUUGCUGUUACAUCCUCUAAAUCUGUGUCUUGCAUUGCGGUUAGUGUUAACUGUUAAGAUAGGCCGAUUGUCCGAAAGGAAA